UUGUUCACAUUCAUGAUUAUUUUUGAAGUAAGAUGAUAACAAGAUACAUUAAUAUUACAUUCCAUUAUUUAGGUUACAUAACGUGUUGAACACACAUAAUUUAUAUUGGAAAAUUGGAGAGCUUACUUCUACAAACGAAGCUAAUUUCCAAAUAUAAUUAACUUGUUAAGUAAAUGACCUUCGUAAGAUUAUUUAAAUAGUGAUAGCAGCGUUUUGACGACAGUUUAUCGAACCGUACCCACCUCCAUAAUCAGUAAAUAGCUCGUCACUGAGGCUCGGGCCUCUGUAACGUACGUAAUUAUCUGUAGCCCACACGAACUGUGAUAACGAUAAAACUGAUUGCGCUUUGAUAUAAUUACUCUUUACUACCAAAUCUGGGCCUAUUAUCAUCAUGUCUUACAUAAAGCAGAUGAAUCGAAUUUGCCAAACUUUAAACCUCAAAUACUCAGCAAGGUUCAAUCAUGCACGGGUACUUAAAGAAGACAUUCAAAGGCAGCAGAUCAAUAAAGUGCUCAUCGCAAACCGCGGUGAGAUCGCUUGCAGGGUUAUGCAUACUGCGAAGAAGUUGGGCAUUCGGACCGUAGCAGUGUACUCUGAUGCCGAUAAACAUGCAAUGCAUGUAGAAAUGGCUGAUGAAGCAUAUCACAUUGGGCCAGCGGCUUCAACACUAAGUUAUCUGAAUGCAGCAAAAAUACUUGAAGUGGCAAAGAAAUCCAACAGUCAAGCCAUUCAUCCUGGCUAUGGAUUCCUCUCUGAAAAUGUAGAGUUCUGCGAAAAGUGUUCUGAUGAAGGAGUCAUAUUUAUUGGUCCCCCACCUAAAGCUAUCAGAGAUAUGGGUAUCAAGAGUACAUCAAAACAUAUCAUGUCAAGUGCUGGGGUGCCCAUUGUAAAAGGUUACCAUGGAGAGGAACAGAGCAUUGAAAAACUACAGGCUGAAGCUCAGAGGAUCGGGUUCCCGCUGAUGAUCAAGGCAGUCAGAGGAGGAGGUGGUAAGGGUAUGAGAAUCGCCAUGACGGAAGCCGAUUUCUUGCCACAACUGGAAUCCGCCAAGAGAGAAUCGCUGAAAUCUUUUGGAGAUGACAACAUGUUACUUGAACAGUACAUCACAGAUCCUAGGCAUGUGGAAGUACAGGUGUUCGCUGACAAGCACGGCAAUGUAGUCCAUUUGUUUGAGAGAGACUGUUCUGUUCAGAGAAGGCACCAGAAAAUCAUUGAAGAAGCACCUGCGCCCGGUCUCAGCGAAGAGACCCGUCGGUCUCUGGGCGAGGCGGCGGUGCGAGCAGCUAGGGCUGUGGGCUACGUAGGCGCGGGCACCGUGGAGUUCAUCCUGCAUAGACAGACGCAUGAGUUCCACUUUAUGGAGAUGAACACUCGGUUGCAGGUCGAACAUCCCAUCACUGAGAUGAUCACUGGUACGGACUUAGUAGAGUGGCAACUAAGAGUAGCGGCCGGCGAGCCGUUACCUCUAACGCAAGAAGAAAUCAUCCGCCGCGGUCACGCGGUGGAGUGUCGAAUCUACGCGGAGGAACCUGGUGCAGGGUUCUUACCCCGCGCGGGCACGUUGCAUCGCCUCACGCAGCCUACCAAGGAGCAACAUGUUAGGGUAGAAACCGGCGUCCGUGAAGGCCAGGAAGUAUCAGUGCACUACGACCCAAUGAUCGCCAAACUGGUGGUGUGGGGCCGCGACCGCAACGAGGCGCUGGCUAAAACCAGGGCCAAGCUCUCGGAAUAUAAAGUAGCCGGUCUAGAGACAAACGUAAACUUCCUUCUCCGAUUGAGCGGCGCCAAAGCGUUCGUAGAGGGUGACGUCCACACCGCCUUCAUACCACAGCACGAAGCGGAGCUGUUCCCAUUGACUAGCGAACCCGCUGUGGAAGAAAAAGCCAUCCAAGCUGCCCUUGGGUUUAUCUUAAAUGCCCAAAGACAACAAGCUGUAAACGACAGUUGGAAGGGAAUCUCCGUAGAACCAGCCGGCUGGAGGCCCAACUACCAGCUCAAAAAGACGAUUCCGCUCAGGUUUGACGAAAAAGAUUUGAAAGUGAUAGUAGAAUACGGCAGCGCCCCCAACACCUACAAAGUUCAAGUGAACGAUGGCGAGUGGAAGCAAGUCGAGGCGUCUCUGAGCAACAACCAACAAGGGCUGCAGCUGAACACGCUACUCGGAGACAAGACCACCAAAGUCGGCUUGCUGACGUUUGAGAACGAAGUACACAUCUAUGACGAGUGGAAGCAAGUCGAGCCGUUUCUGAGCAACAACGAACAAGGGCUGCAGCUCAACACGCUACUCGGAGACAAGACCACCAAAGUCGGCUUGCUGACGUUUGAGAACGAAGUACACAUCUAUGACGAGUGGAAGCAAGUCGAAGCGUCUUUGAGCAACAACGAACAAGGGCUGCAGCUCAAUACGCUACUCGGAGACAAGACCACCAAAGUCGGCUUGCUGAAGUUUGAGAACGAAGUACACAUCUAUGACGAGUGGAAGCAAGUCGAAGCGUCUCUGAGCAACAACGAAAAAGGGCUGCAGCUCAAUACGCUACUCAGAGAUAAGACCACCAAAGUCGGCUUGCUGACGUUUGAGAACGAAGUACACAUCUAUGAUGAGUGGAAGCAAGUCGAGGCGUCUCUGAGCAACAACGAACAAGGGCUGCAGCUCAACACGCUACUCGGAGACAAGACCACCAAAGUCGGCUUGCUGACGUUUGAGAACGAAGUACACAUCUAUGACGAGUGGAAGCAAGUCGAAGCGUCUCUGAGCAACAACGAACAAAGGCUGCAGCUCUACACGCUACUCGGAGACAAGACCACCAAAGUCGGCUUGCUGACAUUUGAGAACGAAGUACACAUCUAUGACGAGUGGAAGCAAGUCGAAGCGUCUCUGAGCAACAACGAACAAGGGCUGCAGCUCAAUACGCUACUCGGAGACAAGACCACCAAAGUCGGCUUGCUGACCUUUGAGAACGAAGUACACAUCUAUGACGAGCAAGUCGAGCCGUCUCUGAGCAACAACGAACAAGGGCUGCAGCUCGACACGCUACUCGGAGACAAGACCACCAAAGUCGGCUUGCUGAUGUUUGAGAACGAAGUACACAUCUAUGAUGAGAACGGCCAGACAGUUCUCAAAGUGCCGCUGCCCAAGUACCAGGCCGCCGGCGGCGCCGACGCGGCCGCUUCUGCUGACAGCGCGAGCUCGCCCACGCCCGGUAUCCUCGAGCGAGUCAUGGUGCAGAAGGGAGACAAGGUAGUGAAAGGUCAGCCUCUAUUCGUAGUAAUAGCGAUGAAGAUGGAAUACGUAGUUCGUUCGCCGCGAGAUGGCGUGGUCUCCGGGCUUGCGUCGGUCAAGCUUGGCGAUCCGGUCGGCAAAGGCGCACAAAUUGUUACGCUAGAAGGAGAAAAUUGAACAGAAAUAUCCAAACAAUCCAAAGUAAUAGUCAAAGCAUUUAAUUAGAGUAUAUAAGACUUAAUGGUUCACAUUCCUUUAGUUAAUUGACAAGCUACAUCGACUUCUAGACAAAACUUUAAAAUUUAGCUGUCCUUGUCGCUCAUAUCAGCAUCUCGCUACGACAGAGAAGGAUUUAAAGAUACAAAAAUAUGAAACCGCUGUCAAAGAGUACCCUAGUUGGUGUAUUCUAACCGAAGUCAUCGUUUUAAUUUAGUAUAUAAGUUUAAACUAUUUAGAUCAAAUAUGUACAAAAUGAAUUCUUUAUGAAUAUGUGCAUUUAUUCUAAGUCUUCCAAAAACUAUGUUUAUAAUUAUGAUAAUUGUGUUAUUGACUUGCCAUCAAU